ACACGGAGCAGCUGUGAUAUAAAAAGAGCCCUUUUUAGACUUGCCUGCACACCAUUCAUUCACACAUCUUCACACGGAAUUCUUGAUGAUUUUAAUUGUGUCCGGCUCUACAACCAAAACAAACCGAUAAAUCAGCACUUCUGAACGAGCUAGGGCAGCGAGCGCCGAAGAAACGGCUGGGCGCACCCUGCGGCGCGUUUAUUAUCAUCGUUUCUCAUAGUUAAGAGCGUUAAUAAUCGUUUAGCACUGUUAAUUGGAGUAUUGGGAUUGUUGCUAAUUACCGCUAGCUCUGUAGGGACGCGGUAGGGGCUGCAGUCAAGAAUACGGACAGAAGUCACUUGUGAGAAACGAAGUGAGGAAGAGCCGGGAGAGAACACGACCUCACGCUGCCCGGCAUCAUGCCCAAGUCUCACUUUCUUCUGUGUUUGAUGGCACUGAUUUCGCUGCGACUGUCGGGCAGUGACGAGCCCAGCCUCCCCCUGCGGCCGGCGAGCGAGGUGCCCACGGAAGCCGGGGAUCCUUUGGCAGAAGCGGAGGAUCCGGGCGCGCAGGAGUGCACGGCGUGCGUGUGGAGGGAGCACAGCAGAGUCCUCAGGCUGGAGACCAUCAAGUCCCAGAUCCUGAGCAAGCUGCGGCUCAAGCAGGCGCCCAAUAUCAGCCGGGAGGUAGUCAACCAGCUGCUCCCCAAGGCGCCGCCUCUCCAGCAGCUCCUGGACCAUCACGACUUCCAGGGGGACGCUUCGCUACAGGAUGAGUUUAUGGAGGAGGACGAGUAUCACGCCACCACCGAGUCCGUGAUCACCAUGGCUUCGGAACCCGAGCCGGUGGUCCAGGUGGAUGGGAAGCCCAGCUGCUGCUUCUUCAAGUUCAGCCCCAAGAUCAUGUUCACCAAGGUGCUGAAGGCCCAGCUCUGGGUCUACCUGCGGCCCCUGCAGCAGACCUCCACCGUGUACCUGCAGAUCCUGCGGCUCAAGCCCGUGACGGAGGAGGGCAGCCGGCACAUCCGCAUCCGCUCGCUGAAGAUCGAGCUGAACUCCCGCGCCGGCCACUGGCAGAGCAUCGACUUCAAGCACGUGCUGCAGAACUGGUUCAAGCAGCCGCACACCAACUGGGGCAUCGACAUCAACGCCUUCGACGAGAGCGGCAACGACCUGGCUGUGACCUCGCUGCGGCCCGGGGAGGAAGGACUGCAACCCUUCCUGGAGGUGAAGGUGCUGGAGACGUCCAAGCGCUCGCGGAGGAACCUGGGCCUGGACUGCGACGAGCACUCCACCGAGUCGCGCUGCUGCCGCUACCCGCUGACCGUGGACUUCGAGGCCUUCGGCUGGGACUGGAUCAUCGCCCCCAAGAGAUACAAGGCCAACUACUGCUCGGGGCAGUGCGAAUACAUGUUCAUGCAGAAGUACCCCCACACCCACCUGGUCCAGCACGCCAACCCGCGCGGCUCCGCAGGGCCCUGCUGCACGCCCACCAAGAUGUCCCCCAUCAACAUGCUCUACUUCAAUGACAAACAGCAGAUCAUUCAUGGGAAGAUCCCAGGGAUGGUGGUGGACCGCUGUGGGUGCUCCUAAAGUGCCCACCCAACUGACUGAGCUCUCCCAACACCCUCCUCUCCCACCACGCCCCCACGGCCCACCCUCCACCCCCGCACACCUGGGAAAGAGAAGCACAGCACGAGCAAAACAAAGGAAAAUCUUUUUUUAUAUAUAAGAAAAUAAAUAAGAAUAAAAUAAAGAAAUAAAGACAGGACUAUGGCAUCAUUAAAGUGUCAGGAAUAUAUAAGGAGGACAUUGCUGGAGUACCUGGAAAGCAAGAGGGUAAACACAGCUAUUAUGUUUGCAAAGGAAGCUUUUAAAAGUCUGCUGUCAUAUUGAACAUGACGGCAAACCCUCCAUUUCAGGACAGGUGUACUGGUUUGUCCAGUGUAGUCGGACCCGGGUCCAUUUCGGUUUGUGUGCCCUGGCUUCUAGCAACCAGGAACCCCAGAAACGUCACACUUCUGUGAAGGGCCGGUGUGCUCAGUGCUACAAGGUGAUGAGAGCUUCUUUACUGGUUGGGUUGCAGCCGAACCCGAGGAGAAACAGUGCGCAGGACAGCGUCUAUGUGCUGCUUUAUACCGAGGAUAUGAGCGACUUCAAGCAAGCCCCGGCUGGCAGGGUCUUUCAUAGGUGGGUCGUUCCAUCCAUGUCUCUGUCUCUGAAUCGCUUUUAGACGUGCGAUAUCUGUCUGUGGCUCUCGGCACAAGAACAGUUAGAGCUGCCAGAGGAAGAGGAUCAUGAGAAGCUGGAGCCAUCUCACCUACAACCUACACGGCCUGGCAGUGUCGUAACAUAUGAGAUUCCCACAGCCACAUUCAGCCACCUUCACACCUGCCCCAAACUGCUGCCUACCAAGACCCUUAACCGCCCAAUGGCAACGUUGAAAGCAAACGCUUUAAGAAUUUCUGCUAUUUUCUCAAUCGGGGUCUCCCAUGCCUUCAUUAUCUCUGCCAUUGCCAGCUGUGGAGCGAGGUUUCGGCCAAGCUGCAGAAAAGAAAGAUGGAAACAAAUGGACAGAAGAGCAUCUGCUGGACACAAACCAACAUCGCCUCUCCAUUUCAAGACUGGUCUUUUGUCCUGCCACUGCCUUUCAAAGGAGAAUUACUACGGAGGUAUGAGCAAUUAAACUUUAAACACACACGCUUCCUCAAAACGUGAAGACCCUGGGCUACGGUAUGAAAGGCUCUUUCCACUGAGGUUUGACUUUAUAAGGAGAAAUAAACAAAACAGGCAUGUAUGUAUCUAUGCCAGGGUUUCUGAUUCAGUAUUUUUGUAGCAUUAAGCACCCAUUUCUGCUGUCCCCGUCAAACAGUUUCCUUUGCCUUGUUUCUGAAAGGCUUAAUAGUCAGGUCCAAAUGUUAAACACCUGAGGAUGGAGCACACUGCAGUGUGGGAUAAUCCUGACAGUGCACUACAGUGACCAGGCAGAGACAGCCUGAAUGAGAGUCAGAUACUUGCAUUGGUUUGCCAGCGUCUUUAUAAUAACUGAUGACGGGCAUCCUAUCCAGGGCUAGCCUCUGGGCAGGCCACUCUUCACCUGCCGAAACCCAGCAGGAAACGACAAGAUUAAAUGGAAGCAGCACGUGUUUUUUUCCAACCACUUCCUCUCCUGACCUCAGGGGUGCAUCUCGGACUGAACUGUCCUGUUCUCAGUCAUCUUCUGCAAGACACAUAUCUCUCUGUGCUGCAGAAACGCCUGGUAGCCCAGCGCAGGAGGGCUGGGAAUGGAGUGACAAUGUAUUUCAGGCGCAACGUACAGGUGUUAGUCUGGCCCCCCUUUUGUGCUGGUUAGAAUAGGUCUGUAAACAAACACACCUGCAUGCUCUGUGCUAGAUGCGACACUGGAAGAUCACGCAUGAGGAAAAACGCUGAUGCUGCUUUUACACUUGACCCACUCCCCUCGGCGCACAUGGCAGUGUCCGCACACUUUUAACUGGCGGUUUUAAAGCGCCGCACAGCCGCACAAGAUUCCUAAGGGCUCCAUCUGCGUCCCCCCAGGUUCCCAGUUCCACCCUGGUGUGAAAUUCUCCAGAAUCGCGGCCCUUUUCUUCUCACUUUGAUGUCCCUUUACUUCUAGUCUUGUAAAAGAGGCUUACAAACAGCAGAAGGGUUGGUUUCUCCUCUGGAAAGCAAGCGAGAGUGGAGAGAAGGCGGCUCAGCGGUUUGGCCGUGGAGGAGGCUGCAGUGGGUGUCGCCAUGCUUUCACCCCGUCGCUUUUUUCCAUCUGGGGCGCCGAGGGAAGGGGUCAAUCACGGGCUGACGCUUCUGAGCGGGCCCGGCGCUGAACGGCUUUCUCCUGCCUCAAGAUAUUCCGCGCACCCUGACGUUGCUCAAGGAGAGCUGGAACGCAGUUUGGUCUGGGCGAAGGCUGUAUCAAUGGGUGACUAAGAAAGACUAGCCCUCCUCCUCUAAAGAACACCGAAGCGCUCUUCUGGCAGCGACAGAAGCACUGAAGAGGCGCAGUGAUCACGCCCCGGAACAACUCAGUGAGCUGCGUGUCUUUCUGACCCACCUCAACCCAAAUUCCAGUGAGGAAACUGUUCAUUGCUCCCCACAUUCCCAGAAUGCACUGUGCUUUGACACACCAUUUGACAAAUCUGUAAACCCCCCUAAGCUUCACGAGGAGACUUUGCUUUCCCAAACCAACAGAGUUUCUGUGCCAUUAUUCUCUGCAGUGAGGCCCCUCUAGAGUACUUGCUCUGUGUUUAACUGAGUCAGUUCAGACGUUCAUGUCUCUUUUAUGACAUGAACCCACGUUUGGCUGCAAGGUGUUACAUCCUGGGCUCAUUUCCUCAGUUUUCCCUUCUCAUCUCCUGGAAUCCUCGUGUAGUUUUUCAACAGAAUAUAGCCCGUACACCUUAACUCAAGGCCCUCCAGCAGCAGCUGGAAAAUACACCUUAAUACAUGAAAUGACAGGACUUGAAUCAGGUGAAGGGCUGAGCAAAGGCACAAGGUGUGAAGAUGUCUCUUCUGCUUUAGGCCAGACAUAAAAACAAAAACAAAAAAUCUCCUUUACGUAGAAACCGUUCCUAGCUUGUGAACCGGUCUCAAAACGCCAUCCUGCUCAAAACGCUCGUCCUGCCACCCGCCUCAACAGGCUUCUGAUGUCGAAUCCCGGUGUGAUUGUUCCACUGCCUCCAGAAUCCCAACUUUCCACAGUCGGUUUGGACUGUCCUGUCCUGGGAAGACAGGAACACACCGAAACCUCCGGCAAGAUGGACGCUGUCUUAGCUGACCGCGUGGCCCGUGAGACCACAGACGGGGGAAUGGCUGACCACUGUGUCACGUCCAUCUGCUACAGUUUUCUGGAGAAGCCAACACAGCGAGAGAGAGAGAGAGAGAGAGAGAGAGAGCACCCCCUCCCUGCAGAGUUCGGUAGCGCAGGAGGGGCCUGUCUGAGCACACACAUCUCCUGCUGGAAACGAGAGCACUAUGCCGUUGGAUAAAGGAAGAGCCUUUGAACCUAAAGAAAGAGGUAUGACAAGCAAAAUUUCCUCUGAAAUGAAAAAAAAAAAAAGAUGAUAAAAAAAAUCCUUUCUGGGCACUCUACCUUACCAACAAUAAAUUUUGCACUAUGAGAAGUCAAUGGCGAGAGGAAUUGUGUUGUUAUUGUGUUGUAUUUUACCUUGAGCACAAGAGCUUGACAAUGGAUUAUAACUUAAAACUUUAUGUCGAAGCUUCUGUCUGUCAUCGAGUGUGGAGAUGUAUCUUAGCGAGAGUCUGCCUUCCGGUUGUGUUGUCGCCAUGCUUUUUUUUCCGUUUUUGUCUUGACUUGUGUGUCUUCUUUUCGUCGUCGUCGUGCGAAGUGAAAGCCUGCUUCUUCGUGCUCCGUACACACCGUCCCGCGCGUCAGAGACUGCCUGCAGCCCGCGGCCGAGACACAGCUGCUCUGACUCGUCUCAGCCCAAGCGGCUCCCGCUGUCCCUGGGUUACAUCAUUCAGACUCCCUCUCCAGAGCAGCAGUGUGGAGGAACAGGCAGGGCUCUGGCCACACAGCGGGGAGGUUGUGGGUUCAAAUCCUAGGUGGGGACACAGCAGUUGUAUCCUGGAAAAAGAUACUUCACUCACACUGCCUCAGUAAAAUGCCAACUGUGUAAAUGGGUACAAAUGUAUAAUAUAUAAUGGGACAGAUGUUUUUUUGAUGUGUGGAUAUGUUGUAUGUGAGGGAUGUUUUUGUGUUUCUUGAUUUUCCUUUGUGAAUGAAUUAUCAAUGACUAGAGCCCUAGUAAAGCCCCAGCUGAGCAAACAGGAGGAGCAGUUGAGGGGCAGGCAUGGGGAGGCUUUCUGGGGCUUCCAAAAACUGUGUUCCUGGGAGGACAGUCUCAGCUCAACCACUCAUUGCAUUAACCUCAACCAGUUCUUAGCCAAACAAUCCAGAUGGUCAGAUACCCUUAUGCUGUAGCUUUGUACUGGGUGUGAUACACCUGGCAUCUGCCCGGGCAUUCACAGUGCAGCUCAGGUGCCCUGGCACUCGUAGUGCAGCCUGGGCAGUGAUGCCGCACCUGGCACCUGUCCGGUUUCUAGCAGUGCAGCUCAUGUGUGCAAUACUGCACUUGGCACCUGCCUGGGCACUCACAGUGUGGUGCAGCAAGUAUUCAGACUGAAGGCUCGAGUGCAUUCUCAGUUCUCCAUCAGGCCAGCUCGCGGAGGUGUGCAGUCAGUUCACAGUUCUUCCUCCUUCUCCUCUGACAGCUGCUCAGGACUCACAGGAGAGAAGGUUGGAUGUCCAAAUCUCCCACAAAAUCCAUGGGCUUCAAGUUAAGAAUUGCUGAGUCUCAGUGCCAGAGCUUAUAGGCAAAUAUAUACAUUAUUGGCAAAAACCAGGGCCUUUCUGGGAAACAAUACCUUAAAACACUGCCUUUUACUGGAAAGUAGUCUGAGAUACAGUCCAAACCUGCAGAAACAGACCUAUGUUGCACUCUUUCACCCUGCUAUUGAAGCACGGCCCAGUUUUCCAGGGUGUAACAGUAAUACAAGCGUCCUUUACUUCCUGAUGUAAUCAUUUAUAUUCACAAGGAAUUUGAUAUCAGGAUCAUUGUUAAAUGAAGGCCUCUCCUGCUCUUCACUGCCCUGGCCAGCUGCCCUGCUGGAGUAGGCUGGCCAUCCUGGACAGGGCCCAGUCAGUCAGCCCCUGUUUCUUCACCUUCGCGCCGGGAGCAGAGCAGAGGCUCUCCCGGAGAGACUUGCGGCCCGUGUCUCCUGUCCAUGGCGGGGCUUUGUGACAUGUGGUCCAGUGGCUGGCGUCCUGCCCGCUGGGCAGCUUGUCCCACUGCCGCUAGCAGCCUUGCUCUUCUGUACUGCGUCCAGGUGACGGCACACUUGUGCAAUAUCAGGAGCCAGAGAGAACAGCUGUGCCAGCUGGGUUUGUGUAUGACAAACCUGCAGAGCCGAGUCCUGCACUGUGCCAGCGGCAUAGAAAGAGUUAAAUCAGCAUCAUGCCCUCCCCAUCACCUAUUUAAGGGGCAGGGCGGUGGCUCUGUGGACCUGCGCCUGUGGCUGGAAGGU